AUGCCCCUCUCACCCUCACCCAAAUUCACCCUCCACUCCGUCCUCAUCUCCCACUGCGCCACUAAAAUAACACUCAAAUUCCCCGACGGAUCAUGGACUUUUCGUUCUCAAUGGUUAUAUGAUGCGGAUGCUAGUCACACUCAACACAUCGCAUCAACUCUCCCACAGAACCCACAAACCAAACAAUAUACCGGUAUCAACAUACAGCCAGCACAACAACAAGAUCUCUCCCUCACGCCAAGCGGUUCCCGCUCUCUCUACACGACAGCGACCGCAAUCGCGACACUUCAGAGCGCGAAUAUUUAUGGGGAGGGAGUACAUACGGUGCUUUGGGUUAUGUGGAGUGAUAGUAGGAAGUCGGGGUUUCCAGGGGUGUGGUUGAGGGUUUGGGCGGGGGUUGUGGGGAGGAGGGAGGGGAAGGGGAGAAAUAGGGAUAAGAAUGGGUAUAAAAAUGGGGGGAAAGGGAUUAGAUUUGGGGAUGAUGAUCUGCUUGGAGUGGAAGGGUUGGAGGUGCCGGCUUUUAGAUGGGGAGAUAUCGUUGAGAGGGCGGUAGGUGAAGUAAAUGAGGUGAGCGAGGUAGCGGAGGAGGUGAAGAUGAAGGUUUUGGAUACGCUGUUGAUGCGUUCUGGAGCGGGGAUUAUUAGGAUAUGUGAUAUUCCCGGAGAUGAGAAUUUGGUAGCGAAGGUUUUGAAGGAGAUAUUUGGGGAUUCUCUUGCAAAAUCUGAAUAUGCACUGGAAGGAAAGGCUGUAGGAAAGAGUAAUGACGAAAACACAAAUAAUAACAAUACGAGAGUACACUUACCACGCACCGCCUUCUCUCAUCACAUCCAUCCACCUCGAAUCGCCGCCUGUUCCGCGAUCGAGUCCGAGAGUACCCACACCUUUGUAUCCUCUCCCGCCAUCCUCUCAACCCUCAAAGAAGAAUCACCGCACCUACUGCCCUAUCUCUCUUCCGUCCCUAUCACUAUCGGUGGCCAGACCCCUAGCCUCAAUCCUCUAUCUUCUUCUUAUCAAUUAGCGACCACCCCUCUCCUCACACAUAAUAAAUUAUCACUCCAUUCUCAUACAUUCCGCUUUAAUCCCCAACACACCUCUUCCCUCCUCUGUUCCUACGAUGAGUUUCCCAAAGCACGUGCUGCGUAUAGGAAAUUUCAGAGCAUUGGACGACGGAAUAGUCAUGCGCUGAAGAUUGUGAUGAAACCGGGGGAAGUGUGUUUGUGGGAUAAUUUUAGAGUAUUACAUGGAAGAGAGUAUGGGGUGAUGAAUGCUGGGAUAUGUGAUGAGGAAAUGGUGGGGGAGCAGGAGGUGCUGGAUGUAUGGAGAGGGACGAUGACUAGAAGGUUAAUGGAGAUGGGGAUGGAGGAAAAGUGGUUGGUGCAUGUGCCGGAGAAGUUGUUGAGGGAGAUGCUUGGGAUUUUGAGGUAG